AUGACGAAAGUCUCUUUGAUACUGAUGCUGAUGCUCGCGUGCAUCAACGCCAAAUCGAAUCGCCGAGUGAUAAACUUUCUUCGCGAACGUCGACAUCUCUUGUUUCCCGACCCGAAGGACAGCGAGACGAGAUAUCAGGUGCUGUUCGGACUCGGGCUGCCCAUGGAGGGCGAGGUAUCCAUGACUCUCGGUUACGUGCUGAAGUGCAAUUACAAUCUUCCCUACAACGCGUCGGACUUCUCUAUGCUGCAGCGGCGGUCGCGAUUAAAAAGAUCCGGGAGCGGCUUCGCAUUACCGCGGACGACGAGCCGGCGAGAAGGUAGGACGACGACACGGUGGACCCUGUACGGAAUGCUGGAGUCCACGCUGAACGUUCUCGGUUCCGGUAAGGCCUGUCUGCUGCGCGCCGUCUGCGAAGCCGCGGCGAAUCCAUUCGACAAAGGACACGGUCUCCUAGGGGAGCUGUUGCACGCCUUUUUGACGCCGUCGGCGACCCGCGAAGAAUACGAAAUCUACUCGAAUCGCGAAUACCACGCCGCGGAGAAACUCGGCCUUCAACCACAUCUGAGCCGCUCAGGAACGUCUUCGAUCAAGAGUAUCGCGCUGCCGAGAUCGCGGGACAACAGGGACGGAUCGGCAGAUGUGACGAUUUAUUUUCGGAGUGCACGGAAAGCCUCUUGGAUUAUUUUACCGAAAUAG